UUAUCGAGAGUUUAUCGUCAAAUGAUUACGAUAACUUAAAAAAAUAAUUUAGGCUUAGGUAAUUACUUUUAUUACUUGUCCACUACAGUGUUGGUGACAAGUAUAGUUAUCUUUGCAAAAAUAAUAAUAAAUGUGUAAUUCGUGGCACCUAACAAAGUUAAUUUAAAACUUUAUGUUAUAACCUAUAAAAUUUGUUUUUAAUUUUUUAUUAUUGUAUAAAUUACCGAGAAAUGGAUAGUGAAAGAAAACAUGUUAUUCGUGUUGGUUCGAGGAAGAGCGAGCUGGCGCUCAUUCAGACGAAUUUCGUUAUUGAUAGCUUAAAGAAAUUUUAUCCCGACAAGGAAUUUACGAUAGUAACCAUGACAACACUGGGUGACAGGAUCCUAGAUAUUUCCCUUCCGAAGAUAGGAGAGAAAUCUUUGUUCACGAAAGAUCUGGAGGAUGCUUUAAGAAACGAUACCGUAGAUUUUGUAGUACAUUCCCUUAAAGACCUGCCGACGUCGCUGCCUGAUGGACUUGCGAUUGGUGCUGUUUUCGAAAGAGAGGAUCCUCGCGAUGCUUUAGUAUUACGUGAAGAUGUAAAGGAGAGCAGUUUGGCAUCUCUACCCACCGGUGCGGUAAUCGGUACAUCGUCGCUGCGUCGAACAGCGCAACUGCGAGGGUCGUUCCCGCAUCUAUCGAUAGUCGAUGUACGCGGUAACCUCAACACUAGAUUGCGGAAAUUGGAUUCACCCACGAAGGAAUAUUCCGCUUUGUUACUCGCCACUGCUGGCUUACAGAGGAUGGGUUGGGGUGAUCGGAUUUCUAAGAUACUGUCAUGUUCAGAGAUGAUGUAUGCGGUGGGCCAAGGUGCUUUGGCGGUGGAAUGUCGAUCGGAUAACCAACAAAUAUUGGACAUGUUGGCGCCAUUCAACCACCCCGAGACUUAUUGCAGGAUAUUGGCUGAACGAAGUUUUCUUAAGACUCUAGGUGGUGGAUGCAGUGCACCAGUGGGCGUAUCGACGAAACUGACAUCUCUUGACACAAACUUCCAACUUGCGAUCACAGGCGGAGUCUGGAGUCUUGACGGACUCACCAAAGUCGAGCACACCAUGGCACAAACAUUUGCUCAAAUAAAACAAACGCACAAACACAAACUCAGCCCAACGGAGGAGGGUAGCAACAAAAAAAUCAAAGUUGGCGACGAAACAAACGAAAUUGAUUCUGACCAAAAUAUUGAUAACCUUGACGAAGUCGAUAAAAGCGUUAAAAAAUAUAAAGACUCGAAGGAUUUGGAAUUAAACAAGUCUAGAAUUUUCUGUGGUCUGUCAGAAAAUCCGAAUAUUCCAAUAGAUGCUAUAAUCAAAUGUGAUAACUUAGGUACUGAUCUUGCCAAUGAGCUGAUAUCUAAAGGUGCAUUAGAAGUUAUGAAAGUAACCCAAGAUCUUAUAAGGAGCUCUAUUGUAAAGAGUUCUUGACGAGUAUUUAUAUGUUAUUAUUAUCAAGUAUACAAAGCAGUAUAUAAAAUAAAAAAUGGCGCAGGUUUUAAUCACGUUGAUAUUCUAAACCUAGGUUUGAAUAUAUACUUUAAAUCGCAGAUCUUUAAUCUGUGAUUUAAAGUUAUAUAGAAUAAAUAUAAAGUUAUGUAAUUUGUAAUUAAUUACAGAAAAAGGCAGCGUUUCAAAGCAAUAUUGAAGUAAAACAAUUAAACUGCAAAAUACAACUAAUUGCUUUGUGUUUUGUUGCUGUUAGGCAGCGAUUUAAAUUUUUUUUGUAUAAGAAUGAAGAGUGAAAUUUCCAGGACGCUUCAUAUUUUGAGGCAUUUCGUUACAUAAAACAGGUUGCCAACCGGUAGUUUAUAACUACAGCUUGAUUGUGUACUCAUUGAAAAUUCUUUAAAAUAAUAAAUCAACAAUUGCUAAAAAGGCACCUCAUCUUUAUUUUCCAAAUAUACUAUGCAAUCUGAAUUCGGAUUCACCGUGAGACUAACAUUAGUAAAUUUAAAUGACAUAGACUGAUAAGUUAGUUUUUACUGUUUAGCUCAAUUCUGAUAGGUAUAUGUAAUUUGUAAUGAAUGGUUUAAAAUUGUUAAGAACUGUAAAGAAAAUAAUCACGCUUGAAUUACACAACGACAUUAUGAGCCGAAAAAUUUAAAAUGGUUGUUUGUACAGGUGAGAAUUUUGAAACACAUUAUGCGUGUAAAUAAGACAAAAUUAUUUAUUAAGUAUAUUCGCCAUUUUUAAUCAUGUAUUUUUUCUACUGCCAUUGAUUCGAAUAUUAGGUACUUACUAUGAAAUUGUUUGUUUUGUUUUUGUCACGGACUAAGGGAAAAAGAUAGAUGUAAACCCCUGACCUUGCUUAUAAACGCAUACCUAUAAACUUUUUAAUAAAGCAACGGACUAAUCUAAAUCAUAAUAAUAUAUAAAUAAUCGAUCGAGCGAAAUCGAACUAAUUUCCUACUUUUGAUUUAUAAAAUCUCCGAAAAUCACGUGUAACUUUUGUCGGUUACACGUUCAUCAAGUUAUACUUAUCUCGAUUACGAACUGUUUCGCAUCUUUAUACGAUACGAAAGCAAAGCGAUAUAAUUCUUUGAUGGGAUAUAGUUUAUCAACUUAACUUUGCACUGUCAUUGGCCGUAUUCGUUACCUUUUCAGACAUCUGCCGUUUUCAGUAACUUUUGACCGUUAGCAAAUAACUUUGUUCAAAACUAUUUAAAAACUCACUAAAAAAUGAACACAACAAAAAAGGCGCUCGGCAAACGUCUAACUUUUUCCAUUAGUCUCUGUUUAUUUUGUUAAUAGAACCAACUUUGUAAGGUAGGUACGAGUAGAUAUUACUUGCUCAUACCUACUAUUUUUACUUAUUGUUUUUUAUUUCUAAGGUGCAUAGUUCAGGGAUAUUAUUUCUAUAAUCAUAGUGGUACUUAUUGCGUUGUAUUUUUGUUGUAAAUGGGUUAUAUUGUAUUGUUUUAAAUAAAUUUGUUUAAUGACAUGGG